AUGAGGACGCUGAGGCUGGGUCUGCGGCACUCGCACCUGCACCUCCUCUGGAUCCCGUGGGGGGUGGAGGGUGGAACGGAGAUGAAUCAGAGUCACCCAGGCACCUCCAAGUCCCAUUCCAGGGUCACUGACUGUGUGGAUUUUAGAGCCCGAAUCCUGGGCCCCCCAUCCAGUGAUUCCCGGGCUCCUGAGAGCAGCUUCCUGCUUCCUGUGGAGGAUUUCAGCCUGGACUCGUCCCUGUCUCAGGUCCAGGUGGAGUUCUACGUCAACGAGAACACCUUCAAGGAGCGGCUCAAGCUGUUCUUCAUCAAGAACCAGAGAUCCAGCCUGAGGAUCCGGCUGUUCAACUUCUCCCUGAAGCUGCUCACGUGUCUCCUCUACAUCGUCCGAGUCCUGCUCGAUGACCCGGCCCUGGGCAUCGGAUGCUGGGGCUGCCCGAAGCGGAACUACACCUUCAACGAGUCCUCCCCCGAGAUCAACUGGGCGCCCAUCCUGUGGGUGGAGAGGAAGAUGGCCCUGUGGGUGACCCAGGUCGUCGUGGCCGUAAUCAGCUUCCUGGAGACCAUGCUGCUCAUUUACCUCAGCUACAAGGGCAACAUCUGGGAGCAGAUCUUCCGUAAUGACUUCCACCGCGCCAUCCUGCGGACGCAGUCGGCCAUGUUCAACCAGGUCCUGAUCCUCUUCUGCACCCUGCUGUGCCUGGUCUUCACGGGGACCUGCGGCAUCCAGCACCUGGAACGGGCGGGCGAGAACCUGUCCCUCCUCACAUCCUUCUACUUCUGCAUCGUCACCUUCUCCACCGUGGGCUACGGCGACGUGACGCCCAAGAUCUGGCCGUCCCAGCUGCUGGUCGUCAUCAUGAUCUGCGUGGCCCUCGUCCUGCUCCCCCUGCAGUGCGAGGAGCUGGUCUACCUGUGGAUGGAGCGGCAGAAGUCGGGGGGCAACUACAGCCGCCACCGGGCCCAGACCGAGAAGCACGUGGUGCUGUGCGUCAGCUCCCUCAAGAUCGACCUGCUCAUGGACUUCCUCAACGAGUUCUACGCCCACCCCCGGCUCCAGGACUAUUACGUGGUCAUCCUGUGCCCCACGGACAUGGACAUCCAGGUCCGCAGGGUCCUGCAGAUCCCCCUGUGGGCCCAGCGCGUCAUCUACCUCCAGGGCUCGGCGCUCAAGGACCAGGACCUCAUGCGAGCCAAGAUGGACAACGGGGAGGCCUGCCCCUGCUGGUGCACACGUCCCGUGGCCAGUGAGUGCCGCCCACCUGCCGGUCGACCACACCCUCUCGGCCCCCAGGACCACCAGACCAUCCUGCGAGCCUGGGCCGUGAAGGACUUUGCCCCCAACUGCCCCCUCUACGUGCAGAUCCUCAAGCCUGAGAACAAGUUUCAUGUCAAGUUCGCAGACCACGUGGUGUGUGAGGAGGAGUGCAAGUACGCCAUGCUGGCCCUGAACUGCAUCUGCCCGGCCACGUCCACCCUCAUCACCCUGCUGGUGCACACGUCCCGUGGCCAGUGUGGGUGGGGCCUUUUCAAGCCACGCCCCCUGUGCAGUGUGGGUGGGGCCUUUUCAAGCCACGCCCCCUGUGCAGUGUGGGUGGGGCCCAGGGAGCCACGUCCCUGCGGUGUGGGUGGGGCCUUUUCAAGCCACGCCCCUCUGGUGUGGGUGGGCCCCGAGGAGCCACGCCCCCGUACGGUAUUGGUGGGCCCCGUCGGCCACGCCCCCAGACGUUGUGGGUGGAGCCCACGAGCCACGCCCCCCAGGUACGGCGUGUGCCUCAUCGGGCUGAAGCGGGAGGAGAACAAGAGCAUCCUGCUGAACCCCGGCCCGCGGCACUCGCUGGCGGCCUCCGACACCUGCUUCUACAUCAACAUCACGAAGGAGGAGAACUCGGCCUUCACCUUCAAGCAGGAGGAGGCGGGCGGGGCCAUCGCGCCUGUCAUGGAGCUGGCCGACAGCUCCGCCCUGCUGCCCUGCGACCUGCUGAGCGACCAAUCGGAGGACGAGAUGCUGCCCUCGGAGGACGAGGGGCUGUCGGUGGUGGAGUAUGUGAAGGGCUACCCCCCCAACUCUCCCUACAUCGGCAGCUCCCCCACCCUGUGCCACCUUCUGCCUGAGAAGGCCCCCUUCUGCUGCCUGCGGCUGGACAAGGGCUGCAAGCACAACAGCUAUGAAGACGCCAAGGCCUACGGCUUCAAGAACAAGCUGAUCAUCGUCUCGGCGGAGACGGCGGGGAACGGGCUGUACAACUUCAUCGUGCCGCUGCGGGCCUACUACCGGUCCCGCAAGGAGCUCAACCCCAUCGUGCUGCUGCUGGACAACAGGCCCGACCACCACUUCCUGGAGGCCAUCUGCUGCUUCCCCAUGGUCUACUACAUGGAGGGCUCCGUGGACAACCUGGACAGCCUGCUGCAGUGCGGCAUCAUCUACGCGGACAACCUGGUGGUGGUGGACAAGGAGAGCACCAUGAGCGCUGAGGAGGACUACAUGGCCGACGCCAAGACCAUCGUCAACGUGCAGACCAUGUUCCGCCUCUUCCCCAGCCUCAGCAUCACCACGGAGCUCACGCAUCCUUCCAACAUGCGCUUCAUGCAGUUCCGGGCCAAGGACAGCUACUCCCUGGCUCUUUCCAAACUGGNGCAGAGGGAGCGGGAGAAUGGCUCCAACCUGGCCUUCAUGUUCCGCCUGCCGUUCGCCGCCGGCCGUGUCUUCAGCAUCAGCAUGUUGGACACGCUGCUGUAUCAGGUCAGCGGGCGGAGGCAGGGAGGCCCCGCACCACUCUCUCCGAGGGAGCGGGAGAACGGCUCCAACCUGGCCUUCAUGUUCCGCCUGCCGUUCGCCGCCGGCCGUGUCUUCAGCAUCAGCAUGUUGGACACGCUGCUGUAUCAGCCGCUCAGGCGCCCCCCCUUCCAGAUGAAGAUCACGGAGGCGGACCUGUGGAUCGGCACCUACGGCCGCCUCUUCCAGAAGCUCUGCUCCUCCAGCGCCGAGAUCCCCAUCGGCGUCUACCGGACCCAGAGCCACCUCUUCUCCACGGAGCCCCACGACCUCAGAGUCCAGGUGAGCAGCCCCUUCACGCGUAACCCCGAGGCGUCCUGCCGUCUGCGGAGCCGGCCUGAGCCAGACCCACCUGGCCCGGGAGGUGCCGGCCCUGGGCAGCACCAGGGAGCUGGUCCUGGGACGUGUUGGCCACGGAGCAGCUCCGAGCUCAGGGCGUCCCCUCCUGUACAGAUGGGGAAACAGGCCCAGGGAGGGGAGCCCAGGUCGCCGAGCCACACGUGCCACCUGCACGUCGUGUGUGUGGCCCCAUCCCGGCGGGACCCACCCUCCCUGUCCCCAGCCCCCGGAUGGGGGUCCCCACCUCACCCCAACCGCAUGAAGCACCUGGGGCUGCCCACCACCGGCUACGAGGAUGUAGCAAAUUUAACAGCCAGUGAUGUCAUGAAUCGGGUAAACCUGGGAUAUUUGCAAGACGAGAUGAACGACCAGCAGAACACCCUCUCCUACGUCCUCAUCAACCCCCCGCCCGACACGAGGCUGGAGCCCAACGACAUCGUGUAUCUCAUCCGCUGCGACCCCCUGGCCCACGUGCCCAGCAGCGCCCAGAGCCGCCAGAACAGCUGCAGCAACAGGCUGGCCUCCUGCAGCCCCAAGACGCGUGAUGAGACGCAGCUCUGAGUCGGCGCCCGCCCUGCUCACUGGCACGCAGGGCGAUGCAUGAGCGGCAUGUUCUGGCCCAGUACUGCCCGCCGGCCGGCCCGCCCGCCCGAGGCUGCUCCAGAAACGUGACUAAGGAGGCCUCCCCUGGGUGAGGGAGACCAGGCGGAAGCCUUUUUAACCUGUUUUUACGAAGCUGCACGGUCCGUGUCCGCACGAACGUACCUACACAGCUGUGACCGGGUGGCGUGGAGCGGGGACGGAGCUGCGGACGCUGUCCCUGGCCCCGACGCACACAGGAUGGGAGAGCCGCCGCCCACUGAGCCCGUUUUCAUGUCCACUGUGGGCCCGGCUGGUCUCGGGCACAAGGUCGCAGGGUCUGGGUCACGGAUGGAGCUCCAGCACCUGCAGCCGGCAGCCCCGUCCACAGGAAACUCAGAAGCACAGGGGCCCCCGGCUCCACCAGGAGCCCAAGGGCGGGCGGCUCUGGACAGCUGUUGGGGGAGAGGUGGGCCCCCAGGAGACCCCCAGAGGGGCCCUGGACACACGGGGCUCCCGCAGCCGAGACUUGGGGCGGGGGAGAAGGCAUUUCCCAUGGGACUCUGCAGCCCCGCAUCUGCGGGCACCGGGCGGACAGGCUCCCCAGCCUGCUCGACGCCCUUUUAGCCCUGACCUGAAGCACAACCCGGCCGCUGGGCUGCUGGCCGCUGGGCUGCUGGCCACGUCGCUGGAAUCAGAGGGUUUCUCUUUGAGGGCGGGGCUCUGGGUGGGGCCGCCUGCCGGGUGCCCCUGUGGUUCCCUCGGGACUGUGACUGAGGUUUGCGUGGUCAGUGCCGGAACCUUCUAUUAAACGAUGCUUUCUGCAAACACAA